UAGGCAGAGUGUAUCCCUUGCAACCGUGGCUUCUACAGCCACAGUUUAAAUUAAUUUUGAGCAUUGGAGAUUUUCCGUAGUAGGUGCUGUAGAAAGUGUAGAUUGCUUGCAUUUAAUUGGCGAAUCGAAGUGUUUUUAAUCGCGAAUUGCGCGCCUGCAGGCCCAAGUUAGGACGCCAAGGCCGACGCUAGGCGCACACGGGAAAAUCGGAUCAAGUGAGAGACAAAGCUACGCUACGGUUGUUCGCGACGAAGUGCACUGUGCACGGAACGACCAGAGAAUCAUCGUAUGCGAGCGAGUUUUUUUUCGCGUUUCGGUUACCUGCGCGCAGCAACCCCGUCGCUUCUCUAGAGCCGUGCGUUGCGUCCUGUGCCUUCGAUUCGGCCGCAUUAUCCAACCGUGCCGUUGCUGGUCCAGAGUCCGGCGUCUGGUGUACGCAUAACUACGUAAGCGAGGGCGAAAGCGGCGCCCGUCCUUCUGAGUGGCAUCCCAAGGCGCGUUUUCGGCUCCGCUCUUGGAGCGCCUUGCGACCAGUUGGCCAGAGUGCCAGUUCAGCAGUGCAGCGGUGCUGAUCCUUGGAUCUUUUGUUCGUGACGGCCCCACGCGCCCAAGCUAGCACGCUGGAGAAGCAAAACAAGCGCGCCCAGCUCAUCCGGGACAAGAUGGUGCUGGCCGAGCGUAACACUACGGAUGUGGUGCGCAACGGCCGCCGUUCCCGCGGUCCCAGUCCCAAUACGCACACCACUGGCAGCGGCGGUGGCGGCGUCCCUAACAGUGGCAGCCUUGCCGGCAGCGGUGGUGGAGCGGGCGGCGGCGGUGGCAACUCUGCGAACGCCUCCUCCAACGACAAAGCAGCCACAGCCGUACCGGGUGCGGGCACGCCGGAAAGCUCCGACGACGACAACUCAACAAAGCGGAACGGUAAGACCAAAGCCAAGCAGUCGGAGUACGAAGAGAAAAUCCGCGUGGGACGUGACUAUCAGGCAGUGUGUCCGCCGCUCGUUCCGGAAGUGGAGCGUCGGCCCGAGCAGAUGAAUGAACGCGCACUCCUGGUCUGGUCACCCACCAAGGAGAUACCGGAUCUCAAGCUGGAGGAGUACAUUUCGGUGGCUAAGGAGAAGUACGGCUACAACGGUGAACAGGCCUUGGGCAUGCUCUUCUGGCACAAGCAUGAUCUUGAGCGAGCCGUAAUGGACCUGGCCAAUUUCACGCCCUUCCCCGAUGAAUGGACCAUCGAGGACAAGGUGCUGUUCGAGCAGGCCUUCCAGUUUCACGGGAAGAGUUUCCACCGCAUCCGCCAGAUGCUGCCAGACAAAUCCAUUGCCAGUUUGGUCAAGUAUUACUAUUCGUGGAAGAAGACGCGCCAUCGCAGCAGCGCCAUGGAUCGGCAGGAGAAGGCCAUUAAGGCGGCAGUCAAGGAGGGCUCCGAGAAUGGCAGCGAGGUGGGCAGCAAUGAGGAGUCCGAUACCGACGACAAGAAGGGACAAUGCAGUAAUGGCGACACUGUUGCGGCCGGAAACAACAUCACUUCCGCCGGUGGAAGCAUUACCACAACACCAACAGCAGCCAAUAACAACACCAGCAACAUUGCCAACAACAAUAAUAACACCAAUACCAACUCCAAUGCCAGCAAUAGUGGAGAGAACGUCAACAACCAUGGAGGAGGCGGCGGCGGCAGUAGCAACAACACCAGCUCCAGUGACCUGGACACCGAUCAGCUGGGCAUCCUAUAUGCCGCCCAUGCCCAUGGCGACGAGGUGCUCGGCUUUGGCCCAGCUGUCACUGAGGGGGCAACCAAUGGCGGCAACAACGAUGGGAGCACAGGGAAUAGCAACGAUCGAGUCGUUGUUGGCGGUUUUUGCAAGACAUGCCAUGUGGUAUGCCACAUUCUGUUCGAUUCCCCGCUGGGGCGCAUGUGCAAAAGUUGUCACACGCACUGGAGGCGCACGGGCAACCGUCGACCCAUUUCCGGGCCGGAGAGCAAUGCCCCUAGACGAUCCACUCACAACAGCGCCGCUGCAGCUGAUCGCUCCAAGCGCAAGCCGCCCAAGGGCAUGUACAUCAACCACGACGAUCUCACAGCCCUGGCGAGCUGCGAAAAUCCCAGCAAAUAUUUGUCGGAAGGCGAUCGGAAGAUCACCUCCCUCAUGGCCGAAAUACAAAAGAACCGUCAGAUGAUGGAGCAGCUGGACAAGGAUUGCGAUACCUUCAAUGCCGAGGUAGUAACCACCAAGUCAGCGGUGGCCAGCACAGAGACGGCAGCCGCCCAGCCACGCAUAUCGGCUCGCUGGCUUCCGGACGAGAUUCAAGUGGCUCUCCUAGCUAUUCGCGAGUAUGGCAAAAAUUAUCCGAUGAUUGCCAAGAUGGUGACCACCAAGACGGAGGCGCAUGUGCGUACCUUUUUUGUGAACAAUCGGCGACGAUACAAUCUUGACCAGAUCGUCAAGGAGUACGAGGCUGGCAAAUCCGAGGAGUCUGGUGCGGAGGAGCAAAGUGAAGCGGCUGUCGUUGAUGGUGCAGCAGCAGUCUCUGUAGGAGCAGCAGCAGCAGCCUCAGCGGCAACUACUACUGCAGCUGCCGCUUCUGUUGAUUCGUCGGCGGUCGUGGCCAAUGCAACAGCCGCUAGGAAACCGUCCACCGAAGCCAGCAACAAUGGGGUCGAUCCGAGCCCAGAAACGCAGACUAAAAAGGAGGAACCCAAGAAGCCUGAGCCAGCGGUGGCUGCAUCUAAGAGCACGGAGGCUUCGGUGUCUGUGGCCACUGCCAGCACAUCAGCUUCGGUGCCGGGUACAGCCUCAGCUUCGGCUGCGACUCCAGCUUCGACAGCCACGGUAAGUUCCAGCGCAGCUCCUAGUUCGGUGGCUGGUGCCGCCGGCAGCAAGGCCAGCACUGCCACAAUCACCAUCACCGACGAGUCCGACACAGCCACCAACUCUAGCAGCGAUGUGGUUACCGCUGGGGCUACUACUGCCGGUGCCACCACCGCCGCCACUGCGUCACUGUCCAGCGCUAGUGCUGCGCCCGCACCUAAAGAAGAUAUCUCCGUGCCCAAAACCGCUGCCACGAGCACAGGCAGUGUGGCAUCUGGCACGGCAACAGCAGGAGCUGGUGCGAACCCGUCUGCGAAUUCCAGUAACAGCAGCAAGCGGGAUAGCUCCAUGAUGAGCACUGCCGCGGAUCAGCAGCCGCCAGCCAAGAAGAUUGCGCUCAGCGGCAGCGCCGUGGAGCUGCUGGGAAAGUAAUGGAGGCGUCGUCGUAUCGGGAUGUGUUCACUCGCGAUAUAUAUGCACGCAUAAAUAUAUACCGAUGUAGCUUACGGUUGACACGGAACAGGAACCAACGAUUCGAUUUGGUUGCUGGCCAAACUAGCUACAUUAAUUUUUUUUAAUUAAGUUAAACACGUUUCGUUGUCAUCAAAAUAUGGGGGACGCAUUUACUAUAUAAAAAGCAUCACGGCUUAAUCUAGGCUUAGAAAAGAAAGUUUUUUUUUAUGUAAUUUUGAAUAACACAAAAACGAUCUGACAUUGAGGCACACGGCCUUGCAUCCGCUUAAUUUUAGAGCGGAGUUAGGAGAGAAGGGAAAGCAGAAACUAAAGCCGUAACAAAUAAAAACAGAUAGGAGCAAGGGGAAAUGUUGUAUAGGUGAGAUAUGGGUUUAAUUGGGUUCAACGGGUAAGAAGAGAUACCUUCCUAUGCCACACACACACACACACAUGCAAACCAAUGAGUAGUGCACGCAAAAAAUGUAGACAAAACUAAUUGCAGAUCCUGCAUGUAAUAAUAAGAAUAUUAUUCUAAUUCUAACAAUUACGAACUAUACACGUGUAAAUUAUUAACUGAACUGUCUGUCACACCUAUUUUUUUUUUUAUCCUUGUGAAGUGUAAUUUAGUAUAUAGGAAGGGGAUAGGCAGGCUUGCAUAUGUACGACGAACACAUCCGGACUCUGCAUCAGCAGCGAGUUUCUGUUAGGUUAAUUACCACACCACACACACUCUUGGCAAGAAAUGUAUACAAGCAGCGCUAUCCGUUUAAGAACCACAAAUAAAUAUGUAAUAUUAUGUAUUA